CGCGAGAUGGCUGCCCCUGCCCAGGAAGGUUCAGAAGCGGAAGUGCGGUACCGGAAGCAACAGUUGCCAUGGAUCCCGCGGAGGACUGGCUGGUGGAAUCUUUACGCUUGUACCAGGAUUUCCAUGAAUUCGACCUCUCGGGAGCCACUCGAGUCCUUGAAUGGAUUGGUGACAAAGGAAUCUUGGUUGCUGGCUAUGAAAGCCUGAAAAAAAAUGAGAUUCUUCAUCUGAUAUUACCUCUCAGACUUUCUGUAAAAGAAAACCAGGGUUUAUUCCCUGAAAGAGAUUUCAAGGUACGCCAUGGAGGAUUUUCAGACAGGUCUGUCUUUGAUCUGAAGCACGUGCCAGACACCAGGUUGCUGGUGACCAGUGGCCUUCCUGGUUGUUACCUGCAGGUGUGGCAAGUCGCUGAGGACAGUGAUGUCAUUAAAGCUGUCAGCACCAUCGAUGCACAUGAGAAGGAGGGACAUCCCUGGCCCAGGCUGGCCAUCUUCUCGUCUCCGGCGCCUGGGGUCCUCCACGGGGCGAGGCUUAGCAGCCUGAAGGUGGUGGACCUGGAGUCGCACAAGAGCACAUACACCUCAGGUAUUAGCGAGGAUGAGCUGCUGAGUAGCCUGCAGGUCCUGGAUGCAAACACCUUUGCCUUCUGCUGCACCUCAGGCCGCCUGGGCCUUGUUGACACCCGCCAGAAGUGGGCCCCAUCAGAGAACCUCAGGCCCAGCCCUGGGUCCGCUGGAGGGAGGUGGUAUGCAGAAGUCGGCGGCCGGGGCCCUGGGCCUCGCAUCGCCAGCCUUGGCUCGGACGGGCAGCUCUGUCUUCUUGACCUGCGGGAUCUCAGCCAGCCUGUGAGCUCAGUCCAGUGCCCAGUGUCCACACCCAGCCCUGACCCAGAGCUGCUGCGAGUGACUUGGGCUCCAGGCCUAGACAACUGCUUGGCUAUCUCAGGUUUUGAUGGGACGGUCCAGGUCUAUGAUGUCACGUCUUGGAAUGGAGUGGGGGGCCAAGUGGAACCUCUCUUCACUCACAGAGGUCACAUCUUCCUAGAUGACAGUGGCGUAGACACUGCUCCACUGGUCACCACCCAUACCUGGCACCCCUGCAAACCAAGGACUUUGCUGUCGGCAGCAAGUGAUGCCUCACUGCACGUGUGGGACUGGGUGGACCUCCGUGCUUCGCACUGACACGAGCAUCUUUCCACCCGGGCCCUGGGAAGAGGAGGUGCUGCUGGAUAGCAAGGAUUCAAGUGACCACAGGGCCCUGUUCCAGCUGAGUGGCCAUGGGCAAGUUAACCAGCCUCCUGGCCCCACUUUCUUUCUUUGUAAAAUGAGAUUGGUCAUCAACUGUCUGGCAGGGUUGUUGGGAAAGUUAGAAGUAACAUAUUUAAAAAUAAUGGGUAGGGUGCAUGGCACAAUACAUGUUUGGUGGCUACUGUUAGAUCUGGGAGCCCCGUUUCCCUCAAGUUUUACCCCUGUCUGUAUUCACAAUAUCAUACAAUCUAAAGAGUUAGUGAAUGUAAACAGGUCCUGUGAUUUUUUUUUUUUUUUUUUUUUUUUUUUUUUUUUGUCUUUUUGCCUUUUCUAGGGCCUCUCCUGUGGCAUAUGGAGGUUCCCAGAAUAGGGGUCAACUCGGAGCUGUAGCCGCCGGCCUAAGCCAGAGCCACAGCAACGAGGGAUCCGAGCCACGUCUGCGACCCACACCACAGCUCACGGCAACGCCGGAUCGUUAACCUACUGAGCAAGGGCAGGGACCGAACCCGCAACCUCAUGGUUCCUAGUCGGAUUUGUUAACCACUGAGCCAUGACGGGAACUCCUGUGAAUUUUUUAAAGAACUAAAAAUGGGCAAAUGAACAUGAAAAGUCAACCCCAGUGGCAGUAAAGGAAAUAGUUAAGAUUAUGCCAUUUUUGCCUACUAAAUGUCAAAUUUUAAAACAUCUUUGGAGUUCUCUGGUGGUGCAUCAGGUUAAGAUCUGACAUUGUCACUACUGUGGUGCAGGUUUGAUCCCUGGCCUGGGAACUUCUGCAUGCCACAGGCAUGGCCGAAAAGAGAAAAAUAAAUAAAUAAAACAUUUUUGCUCUCAACAGCUGAUAGAGGUUACAAGGUACACAGUUCAGAAGGCACAAAGGAACAGCAUGGUUCUUUAUCCCAGUUGUGUGAUGAACUGUUGUGUAGUUGAAGCAUAAUUUAUAUAUCCAGGCUCCUGUUAAAUGGCAAUUAAAAUUUUCUAAUCUUUUUCAGUAAUAUGUACAACUUUUGUAUCCAUGACAUUUCUAAAAAUAAAAUUCUGGGAGUUCCCCUUGUGGCUCAGUGGUAAUGAACUCAACUAGUAUCGUGAGGAUGCAGAUCCAAUCCCUGGCCUCACUCAGUGGGUUAAGGAUCUAACAUUGCUGCAAGGUGCAGCAUGGGUAGAGAAGCAGAUUGGAUCCCAUGUGGCUGUGGCUGUGGCUGUGGCACAGGCCAGGAGCUGUGUCUCUAAUUUGACCCCUCCUUUGGGAACUUCCAUAUGCCGCAGGUGGGGCCCUAAAAAAAAAACUAUAUAUAUAUAUUUAAAUAAAUAUAUUGGAGUUCCUGUCAUGACUCAGUGGUUAGUGAACCCAGCUAGCAUCCAUGAGGACACAGGUUCAAUCCCUGGCCUCACUUGGUGGGUUAAGGAUCUGGCGUUGCCAUGAGCUGUGGUGUAGGUCGCAGAUACAGCUCGGAUCUGGUGUUGCUGUGGCUGUGGCACAGGCUGGUGGCUACAGUUCCGAUUCGACCCCCUAUAUGUAUAGUAUGUGUGUGUGUAGAUAUAGAUAUAUAAAAUUGCUGAGGCAGAGGAUGUGUGCAUUUUUAGUGUUUAUAAAUACUGUCCAAAUGCCCUCUGUGGAGAUUGUGCCACAUUAUGACAGCAAUAGUAAUGAUCUGUUUCUCUUACCUUAACAGCAGUCCCUUUAGUGGCUUUUUUACUUGUGCCAGUCUGAUAAAUAAAAAAAUCAUUAUUUGUA